AUGCGUUUUGGCUUCCCGCUCCUGUUUCUGGGCCUUGCACUGGCCCAGCCAGACUACUUUGACGACCAAACGGAGUCGUACUAUCUCCAGGACGACAGAGUCCUUGGGACAUCCAAGUUCAACCAGCUCAAUAAAUACACCUACCAGCCGUACGUUUCUAACGGUUACAUCGGCUCACGGAUCCCCAACCUUGGGUUUGGCUUCAGCUACGACCAAAACGAGAACGUCACGAGCUCGGACCUCUCGAACGGCUGGCCGCUGUUCAACCCCCGCUAUGCUGGCAGCUUCAUUGCCGGCUUCUUCGACGCUCAGCCAAACACCACGGGCGUCAACUUCCCCGAGCUGCGCGAAAACGGCUACGAGAGCAUCAUCAGCGCGGUGCCGCAGUGGACGGGGCUCCAGCUUGCCGCCACGCUCGACGGCACAACCUACGUGCUCGACCCAAGCACCGCCAACACCAGCUCUGCUCACGUGACCAACUACCGCCAGGAGCUGCGAAUGGCCACCGGUACGGUUUCGACGGCGUACACGUGGCUGGGCACCGUAGCUGUGAACGUGACUGUGCUAGCGCACCGCGACAUUGAGACGCUCGGGCUCGUGCAAGUCGAGGUGGCCCUGGUAUCUGGUGCGGCGCCGUUGCAGCUGGACGUGGUGGACGUGCUUGAUUUUGCCUCCACGCAACGCUGUGUGCUCAAGAAUAUCGGCUACGACGACUCGGGCAUCUUUAUCACGGUGCAACCGGAAGGUGUUGAAUACAAGCACGCGACACUGUACUCGCGGCUGAACGUGAACGCAUCCUGUGUCAACGAGACACUGGCGGCCGCGUUCCAUAAAGUAACCAACACUGUUUCCGUGGUGUUGGAGCACCCACUUAGUGUGACCAAGUACGUGGGGGUGGUUUCGGACGACCUGCUCGGGACCAGCUCUAGCGACGCUACGUUUGCAGCAGCCAAAAGAACAGCCCUCGACGCGGCCAGAUACUCAUGGCCCAGUCUGCGCACCAUGCACGACAACGCCUGGGCCGCUGUGUGGGGCGACGUUGCUGUCGAGGUGGAAAACGAGCCCUAUUUGACUCUGGCCGCAGAGGCGAGCAUCUACUACCUGUUUGCCAACACGCGAUCCUCAGCACGCAACCUGACGGCCGCACUGGGCGUGGGCGGGCUCAGCUCGGACUCGUACGGCGGAAUGGUCUUCUGGGACGCGGAUCUGUGGAUGAUUCCUGCGCUGCUGCCAAUUGCUCCCGAGACAAGCGUUGCACUCAAUUCGUACCGGUACUAUUUGCACGAGCAGGCCACGCGCAACGCGGCCGCAAACGGCUAUUCGGGGGCGGUGUACCCGUGGACGUCUGGCCGGUUUGGCAACUGCACGGGCACGGGGCCCUGUGUCAACUACGAGUACCAUCUGAACGGGGCCAUCUGCUACUCGGUCUGGAAGGCGUAUUUGAGUGGGGCGAUCAACGACGAGCAUCUGGAGCAGUACGGCUGGCCGGUGCUGCGGGACGCGGCAGAGUUUUUUGCGGGCUACGUGAAAUAUAACGACACGCUGCAAAAAUACACCACGCACAAUCUCACGGACCCAGACGAGUAUGCCAAUUUCAAGGACAACGCCGCGUACACGGCGGUGAUCAUCAGCCAGGUGAUGAAGUGGGCGGACCGCGUGGCGCAGCAUCUCGGCAAGCCGUCCAACUCCACGCAGCUAAACAUAAUGCAGAACAUGUAUCUGCCGCAGUCCAGCGACAACAUCACGCUCGAGUACGACACGAUGAAUUCGUCGGUCUCGAUCAAACAGGCCGAUGUGGUGCUGAUCCCGUACAUCGACGACGAGGACGGCGCGCUGGAGCAGAAUUUCGGCUACGACGAGGUCCGUGCCACCAACGACCUGUCCUACUACUCGCUGCACCAGUCGUCGCAGGGCCCAGCCAUGACGUUCCCCGUGUUUGCCGCCGUGAGCCAGAAGCUCAACGAAUACGGUUGCGGCAGCCAGACGUACCACUACAAGUCUGUGGCGCCAUUUCUGCGGUUCCCGUUUGCGCAGAUGAGCGAGCAGAAUAACGACAACUACGACGCCAACGGUGGCACGCACGCGGCGUUUCCCUUUAACACGGCGCACGGUGGGCUCGUGCAGAGCUAUUUCUUUGGACUCACUGGGAUCCGGUUCUCGUACGCGAUGACAGCAGAGCACCGACUCGAACGCGUGCUCCAUUUCGACCCGGUCGAGCUACCACUUUUUGGCGGCGACUUGAAAAUAUCCGGGUUCAAGUACCUGAACCAGUCGCUUGAGAUUGUUAUUGGCGAGACAAACGCGACGAUCCGCCACCGUGGCACGGCCGAGCCUGUCCUUGUGUACGUGGACGACAGAAACGCGGCCGCUGGCUACCACACGCUGGAGCCCGGCACAGAGCUGACGGUACCGGUGCAUGUGAACGAGUUCAACACACCGGGCUCGCUCACAGAGUGCCAGGCGCUUGCUCACAGCCUGACGCCGGGCCGCGACGGCGACGUGGUCAUGUCGAUCGUCGACGGAGACAACUCCACCACCUGGCAGGCCCAAAACAAGAACGACAACGCGGCGGUGCUGCUUGAGCUCGAAACGAGCGAAACGUUUAACGCGGGGGCCAUUGUGUGGGGGAGCCGGCCAGCAGCCAACUUCUCGCUCAGUCUCGUGACAGAGCCUCUGGACACCACGGGAACAGAUAUUGUUAUCGACGAGUCGAAGCUCGUGCGGGUGCUCACCGACCACCCCGUCUUCGUAGCCUCGCCCUACAACGCGUCCGACACAGAGGUACGCAUCGUGGAGCCAAACAGCACGACUUUUGCACUGUCACAGGACUACGCCGCGCAGUUCGUGCUGCUAGAGGUUUAUGGCACGGUGGACGUCGAUGACAGCAGCUACGGCGCAUCGGUGGCGGAGCUGGGGCUCUUCUAUCAUUAG